AUAAUUUUAAAUUAUAAGCAACUGCUUAUUACAUUUUUCAUUAGUAUAUAAUAGAAUAAUAAUAAUUUAAUCUUUCAACAUGUUCGGCUUUGGAGGUUGCGGCGGAUUCGGCGGCGGUCAAGGAUUUGGCGGACCUCAAGGGUUCGGCGGCUUCGGCGGGCAGAACUUCGGGCAAGGAAUGGCCCAAGGCAUGCACGGUGGAUUCAACCAAGGAGGAUUCAGGCCCAACGCAAUGCCUGGUCAUGGAGGCUUCGGCGGAGCACAGGCGAGCGGCGGUCAAGGGUUUGGCCACAGCCACGGUGGAUACGGCGGCGGCAUGCAGAACGGUUUGCAGUCAGGAAGCCAGGGUCAGAGCGGUGGCUACAGCAGUCAGCAGCCGCAGCAGCACGGGUACGGCAGCCAGGCCGGGUACGGUGGCGGCUAUCAAGGCGGAUACGGGCAAUAGAGUAGUGCUGUCCAUGUGCAAUUUAGCUAUUGAGAUAAGUGUAACAAGUUUGUCAUUGAAAGUCAGCGUCAUCGUUAUGUCUUUUGAAAUAAAACGUGUUAGUUGCUUUAAA